AUGUCAAGUGAAUCCCACUUAAAUUCUCGUAUAAUCCCACCACCACCAACAACAACAACCACAACAGUUAUCAGUUCUUCCACAAUGCAAGAAGCCCAAACAUCUACAACCAUUUUUCGAAAACUUAAUGCAGAUUUAAUUCUUCAAUGGUUAAACCACCAUCGGCAGCUGCAUAGUUUAACGCCUGCAACUACAACAACAACAGCAACAACGCUCAGAAGUAAAUAUUGGCCUUUUGUCAAUAUUAAAGUUCCCAAUUAUAAUAGAAAAACUGAUGUUAAAGUUCGUUUAAAAUUGACCGUCGACAUUGGUCAGUCAUUACAUAAAACAUUACACUAUAAUAUUCAUCGUGAUUUUGAUAAAACAUCGCUAGGAAAAUCAACAGAACUCAAACUCAAUUUAAUCAAUCAAUUUGUCUCCAAUGUUUUUUUGCCAAGCGUUCAACGUAUCGAUAACUUUGCCAAUAUGAUAAGUAAUAAUUCCUCUCCAAAGGAGAAUUUCAAUAGUGAUCGAUUAACAAAUAUUUCAAAACAAGUACACGAUAUAUUUGCUGACAAAUAUUACCACCGCCAUCAUCAAAAAUCACGACAUCCCUAUCCAAUGGAACAUCGUCCACAUUCAAAUAUGAUGAUGAUCAUGGCUAUGGAACCGAGAGCAACGUUCAGUUCAUGGAAUCAGACAACCAAUGAUGAUGACUAUGAUGAAAAUACAUUACUAGAAUUAACACCAACACGGUCAAAACCCAAUGUAGCACAAAUAAAUAAUUUAUUUACACAAUGGGAAAAAAUACAACGAAUAAAACGACAUAUUGAUACUUCAUCAAAUAAUCUAACGAAUUUGUCACUAAAUAGUGCAUUGGAUAGCAGAAUAAUAUCAACAGCAUUCGUCCACUCUCCACUUUAUAGUCUAUCUGGGAGUAUACGGAAAAAUAUCGAAAAAAUGCUUGAAAAUAUCUAUGAACAUUCAGAAAAUCAUUUAUUAUCACUCAAACGUCAAUGGCUUACUUUAGUUGAUGAUAAAAAUUAUCCACGACAAACACAGAUUAAAUUUGUUCUCAAUAAUGAAGUUAAAAACAACAGUAUCAUUAACAAAUUAGUACCUACUAUCCAAACACGAGACAUUUUAGAUCCAGUUGAAAUAUAUGUUGGCAGCGAAGAUUACAUAGACAAUAAACAAUCUAACAUGAACGAUUGGUUUCAGCAACGAGCAGAUAUCGAGAUUCGAUAUCCAUUUGUAAAUAAAACAAAAAGACCAACAAUGUCUCCUGUACGACGUAUUCGGCGUGAUUAUUCGGAUGAAACAGCAAAUAAUAACAAUGAAGAUGAUAUUUUACCUCAGACAGACGAAGAUGAUGACACAAAACAAGAAAAAAAUGAAGAAAAAUCUGUCGAAAAACGAGAAAAAGAUGAUAAUGAUAGCAGUGAAAAACAUAAAAAAGCAAAAAAAUUAUCGUAUAAACACGAACGAUAUGACAAUAAUAAUGGAAAAAACCAUCAUUAUGAAGAAAAUACAAAAGAACUCGAUGAAGAAAAAGAAGACAACAAUGAAAGAGAACAAAGUGAUCAACAAGAUGAACAGAAAAGUUCAAAACAAGAAGAAAGUGUAGAACAACAAAAUCUUGUAUCUGACCAGCAUAAAGAUUCCAAAAGAUCGAUGAAGAAUCAUCGACUAGCAAACUCCGAUUAUAAUGAUGCCAAUCCAAUUAUUAGUAAAAAUGCUAUACAACAACGGUUAGUUGGAGAAUCGAAUGCUGCUGAACAAACAGUAACAUCGGAUGAUGUUAAUGAUGAAUAUGAACGAAAAAUGAGUGAUGCAAUUAAUUCUGAAGAGGAAAAUAUGAAAUUAAAUUAUGAUACAGAGUCAGAGAACGGUAAAAAACAACAUAUUAAAGUGAAUAAAAAAAUUGAAAAUAGUGGAAAUAAAUUACGAGAAAAAAUAUUAGUCGAAAAAGAGCAAGAACAAGAUGAUGAGAGUAUAGGACAAGCUAAAAAUGAACAAAAACGACGACAAAAAGAAAUUGAUCAAAAUGAAAGACGGCAAAAAUUAUUGAAUAAAGAAAUUGAAAAUAUGAAUAGUGAAGAAGAAAAAGAACAAGAACAAGAAGAUGAGAAAUAA